UUUUGAAGAAGAAAAAUGUAGUUAUGGACGCGCCGAACAAUGAAGAAGAUGUCAACAAUACCCAAGAGGGAAAGACGAGUGCUCUUGAGCUCGCUCUUGAGGCUGAGGAGACACCGGAGAAGAAUCCUCUCGAGAUGGCCCUCGAGGAAGCUGACGCUGCGGAGCAAAAAGACGGUGUUAAUGGCACUGUGCCAAUCAUUUCCUCGAACAAAAAGUCGGCCCGUGUGCGUAAAACGGCAAGAGUGGAAGUAGGAAGUGACCACGAUGAAGACGAGGAAGAGGACUCAAAUUCCAAAUCUAGAGUGCAGUUCAAUUCGGCUUUUGUCACCCGCGCCACCGUAAUUCAGGAGAAACAUUCGAAGCGUCGUACCUUCUUGAAGCGGUAUGCCACGAGGGAAGCCCUCGCAGAUGCCAAGCAGACUGCGGACUUCGGCGAUGAGAUCGACCACGACGACGAAUUUGACACGGGAGAGGCAGCAGAUCACGAUGACCAUCACCGUUCGUUCGGACACACAACAACUCACGGUUCCGGAAUGGAGCUGGAGACCGACUCGCUCGGCCCCGCGCGCCGUACGCGCUUGCGGUCGCGUACGUCGAGAACAGUGAACAACACAAAUGAAGAAGCAGAUGCACAGCGGCCAAUGGGCCCGCUACCAAGACAGUCACUAGUGUCCACACUACCUUCCAUACCUGACAGCACCUCUACCAGCACCACUGUCGGAUUUCAGCUUAAUAACGAGAGUGAGGGGACUGCUGUCAGCCGGCAACAUCAGAGAACUUCCGUCGACGCAUCUGGUUCAUCUUUCGCGGUGUCAGCACAGCAACGCAUGGGCAGAAUGUCUCAAGUGUCUGUUUCAACGAGCAGGGCCUCAACGUAUUCGGAAAAUGGCGGCAUGAUGAUUGGACCGACGACGCGCCUGUCAACGGUUGGAGCACGCAAUGUAAGGCUUAGCAGUGAGGGUGAAGCGGACGUACCUUUUGAAGAAGAGGGCCUGGAUGAUGGGGCCGAAACGUUCCUCGACCAAUAUGGUGCAAGAAGGACUGCUCUCGUUGCAAGAAAUAGCGGAGAUUCGGCCUUCUCUACUGUGUCUUCUAGAAGUCGGAAUCAGCUAAAUGCAGCCGCGGAAAGCACAGCCUUCGCUGUAACUCGAGAAGAAGAGGCACUGAUGAACAGUCUGCCGGCUGAGUCGGUUGCCGGUAGCAAAUGGCAGGCCGACAUAUGCGACGCAAGCGCUGCAGUGACUCGCGCUUUGCAGCUCGGGCGAGAGCGCAACUCGAUAAUAUCCUCGGCAUUCUACUCAGGAAACAGUCUUCAAGGAGUAACGCAAGGACAAGCAGGUAGAGCUACAAACAUAAACCAUAUACGGACGUCUUCUUCUCAGGUUAGCGUGGUGGAUUCUGAGGUGGUCUCUUCCCCCGAGCAGAGGAGACGGACGCACGCGGCCAAUGUUGCGUUUGCUCGUGCAAUCGGGAUGGACGUAAACAAGUCAAACGAACUAAAAGCUGCAGAAGGCGAGGCAGAUGACGCUCAGCCGAUGAUGGAAGACGGUGGAGACGAUGACGAACAAGGAAAUGUUGGCGGUGUCGCUGAAAAUGCCAAAGUGACAAGUAGCAGUGCCUCGUCUUCAGCUGUAAAUAAGAGAAAAGCCCCUGUCGAUGGCAAUCGUAGUAGAAGCGAACCUCCGAAAGGUAAAGCUGUUG